AAAAGUAUUUAUUCAAUUAUCCUUCAUUAUAAAAAAAAUGAUUCAAAACAUCCUUUCUUUCAUCUUUAAUGAAAAAAUAACUAUGUAUUUAAGCAAAUACUUAAAAACCCUUAAGGCAAUUUACUUGAAGAGGUCAAAUGGCACUACAAAUCAUGAUGAUCAAACGAGCAAAGUCUUAGUAAGUUCAAGUGAGGUUACAAUAGUUAUGAGACAAUUAGGAUUAAUGUCCGAAAACGAUAAUAAUAAGAAUGAGUUUGCGGAUGAGAUUAGUGAUUUAGAGGGAUUGUUUGGAGAGGAAGAGCCAAGUUUGGAGGAAAUAUGGGAAGCUUUUAAGGUAUUUGAUGAGAAUAAUGAUGGGUUAAUUGAUCCAAUAGAAUUAGGUAGGGUUCUUUCUAGGUUGGGAUACUUGAAGGAGGAAUUAGAUAUUGAAAGGUGUAAAAAGAUGAUUAGUUGUUUUGAUGGAAAUAAUGAUGGGUUACUUGAUUUUAGUGACUUCCUUAAGUUUAUGCAAAAUUGUUUGUGUUGAUGAAAUGCAAUUUCAAUUUCUAUAAGUCAAAUGGGACUAUGUUUAGCAAUUAUAUAGUCUAUUCUAGUUUUGUUAGAAUUACGGUUAUAGUUGUUAGAUUGUAAUUUGUAGUUCGAAAUUAGUCCGCAUCUUACUUUAUCUAUAUUAUAUUUGUAAUAUACUUUGGUAACCGACAUUUGGUUUCUUAAAAAUUAUGUUUAAGAUAU